AUGCCAGUCAACGGGGGUGGCGGCGGCCGCGCGAGUCGCUUGACUCCGCCAGGCACCUCAGACCUGCUGGAGGCGCAGCUGCGGCUGGGCGGCGUGGCGCUGCUUCCCGAACGUGGAGCGCCGCAGGAGGAGCGGCGCCCCAGCGACGACGCCGACGCCGAUGUCUGCUGGUUCCUUCUGCCACCUGCGCACUUCGGUGCGUGGUGCUGCAACAGCCACGGGACCCUUCACGGCGGGCUGUGCCUGGCGCUUUUUCUCGCCGCCUGCAAGGCACAUUUUCUCCGCCGCUCUGGGGCCGCGGGUGCUGUGACGCACGUGAGCAUUCAGUACAUGCGCCCCGUCUCCACUGCCUCUGCCCUCGCGGUGCGGAGCGAGCUGCACGAGAACAGACGCGACGCCAACGCUGCCUGGCAGCACGACGGUGGUGUGGUGCAUGCAACGGUGGAGCUGUACAUGCAACCAACGCCACGGCAAAAGGGCGGGAAGCCGGCGGAGCCGCAGCAGGGAUACUUCGCGCCGCUCAAUAAGGGGCAGAGGAUGGAUGCCGCACUGUGUUGUUGCAGGGCGUUUCUCACUAUUGCCCGGACGCCGACCCCUGCUGCCCACCACCUCUGA